AUUACCGUGCCUCCUAGUUGUUGACGUCCUGCGUCCUUAAGAGGCUAAAAAGGCUAUUUCAUUGGUCACUAUGGGAAAUGGGUCAACUUUUCCUCUGCACAAGUUGUGAUAACUUUCCCCCCAUUGUAAGGGUCAAUUUCCUUGUGAAAUGAAACUCAAAAAUAUACUGGGGGAUAUAAAGAAAAACAGUAUAGUAGUAAAUCUGUCCUUUACCUAUAACAACCAAUCACAGCUCAACAUUCAUAUCCUAACGAGCUGUGGUUAUAUGAAACCUGAGCUGUGACUGGUUGCCCUGGGCAACUGACACAUAUUCAGGAUUAUUUCCUCCACUUUGAGAACCAAACCUAAAAGUUUUUCUCCCCCCUCUGCCUGUAGACCUAUUGUGCUAUCUUAUCUCAUGACGUCAAAUAUUUUAAUAACGAAUUUCACUCUGCUAUAUCUGUGAUCGUGGCUCUUUUUCCAACCAGCAAUAUGGCUCCAUCUCCAUGCUAGCGACAUCAACGUAGAACGUUAUGUGCGCUACGAUUGGCUGCGCUGCUAACCAAUGAGGAGUAAGAAGAGUGCCGCGGCCUAACCUCACGACGUUCGUAAUUGGCUGUCGGGGCAGCCAAUGGGAAUGGUCGCUCGGAAAAAGACCACCGUCUAGUCUGCAGCAACAAGCUGUGAGGCGCUUCUCCAGAGGUUUCUCCCGGGGGCUGCUGGGACAGGGGAAGCUCCGCCGCCUCUCAGUGUGCGGGACGGCACCGUUCACACCACAAGAUUCCUCGUAGCGUUCGUCACUUGCGGUUCGCCAAGUGUGCGUUUAUUACCGCUGCUGAGUGUGUGGAGGGGAUGGAGGAGAUGCGGCCUAGCGGCGGUCCCACGUCCCAGCCCUUCCCGACCCUCUUCCCUCCCGGACUCCAUGCUAUCUAUGGAGAGUGCCGACGGCUGUACCCGGAGCAGCCCAAUCCCCUGCAGGUCACCGCCAUCGUCAAGUACUGGUUGGGUGGACCUGAUCCGCUGGACUAUGUGAGCAUGUACCGUAAUUUAGGCAAUCCUGAACUGAAUGUCCCUGAGCAUUGGCAUUAUGUCAGUUUUGGACUAAGUGAUUUGUAUGGAGACAACAGAGUACAUGAAUACACAGGAGCUGAUGGACCGAGUGGUUUUGGCUUUGAGCUUUCCUUUAGGCUAAAAAGAGAACCAGAGGAAUCGGCGCCGCCAACAUGGCCAGCAGAAUUGAUGCAAGGGCUUGCAAGAUAUGUUUUUCAGUCUGAAAACACCUUCUGCAGUGGCGAUCAUGUCUCGUGGCACAGUCCACUUGACAAUAGUGAGUCCCGAAUUCAGCACAUGCUUCUGACUGAAGACCCACAGAUGCGCCCAGUGCAGACUCCAUUUGGCAUUGUGUCCUUUUUACAGAUAAUUGGUGUGUGCACUGAGGAGCUACAUGCGGCUCAGCAGUGGAAUGGACAAGGAAUACUAGAACUUCUCCGCACUGUGCCAGUAGCUGGUGGGCCGUGGUUGAUCACAGACAUGCGAAGAGGAGAGACUAUUUUUGAGAUUGAUCCUCAUUUGCAAGAGAGAGUUGAUAAAGGAAUUGAGACAGAAGGCUCUAACCUCAGCGGUGUCAGCGCCAAGUGUGCAUGGGAUGAUUUAAGUCGCCCGCCAGAGGACGAAGAUGACAGCAGAAGUAUUUGUAUAGGAACUCAACCCCGGAAAUUGUCUGGCAAAGAUACUGAACAGAUCAGAGAGGCUUUGCGAAGAGGCCUAGAAAUAAACAGUAAACCUAUCCUGCCUCCAAUAAGUUCACAGAGACAUAAUGGCAUGAACCUCGACCGAGCACCGAGCCGAAAAGACAGCCUUGAGAGUGAAAGUUCCUCAGCCAUAAUCCCUCAUGAAUUGAUACGCACACGUCAACUGGAAAGCGUCCAUCUCAAGUUUAAUCAGGAGUCUGGGGCUCUUAUUCCUUUGUGUUUAAGGGGUAGACUGUUACAUGGACGACACUUUACAUAUAAGAGCAUUACGGGAGACACGGCAAUAACUUUUGUGUCUACAGGCGUUGAAGGAGCUUUUGCUACAGAAGAGCAUCCUUAUGCAGCACAUGGUCCAUGGUUACAGAUUUUGUUGACAGAGGAAUUGGUGGAAAGGAUGCUGGAAGACUUAGAAGAUUUAAGCUCUCCAGAGGAAAUGAAAUUGCCAAAGGAAUAUAGCUGGCCAGAAAAGAAGCUAAAGAUCUCCAUUCUCCCAGACACAGUGUUUGAUAACCCACUCCCACUCCCUUGAGGCAAGACUAUAAUGUACUCUCCAACGUUCAGCACAGGCUAUUGCUGUAAACCAAAGGAAAGCGAUGACUGCACAACCGAGGAAUAAAGACCAUCCACACGGACGCUUGUGUCAGCCAUCAGUCCAUAACACCCCCCCCCCCCCCCCCCCACUAUGCAUUACCAGACCUUUUGUGUCCUGGACUACUCUGGUUGUAGGUACCAUUACUCUGGGAUUUAUGGUAGUCUUCAUCUACCCUACUGAACCAUAUACCAGUGUACAAGAGUUAACAUAUAAGUUAUGACACUGGAACUCCUGGUAGUUAGACUGCUAACUACAUCCACGUUCCUUCGCUUUAUCAUCCACUACCACAGUGUUACGUGAAUAAAAGUCUUGUUAAAUUUUAACUUUAGAAAUGACAAGGAUGGGAAGGGGAAUUGUAAGCGUAUUCUUCCAUUCCUUUCCCUUAUUCGUGACAAAUCAACUUCCAAGAUAAAACCUACUUGCACCUAGUUUAGGCUGCAUUCACACCACGUUUUUGCAAUAGAGUUCCCUUAUACGUUUUCAAUUUGAAAACCGUAUGCCAAAAGAUGCAUCCAUUUUGCAUCCUGUACGGCUUUUCCUUUUUUUUUUCCCCCUGUACUCAAAACCGUAGCUAACGACAGUUUUUUGUCCGGAUGAAAAGCCGUAUUAAACCAUAUGUUUUUUUUUUUUUUAAACGUGGGAGUCAAUGGGAACCACAGAGACCUGUAUGUGCAUAUGGUUCCAUUAUCCGGUUUUCACCAUAUGGUUUUUGACUCUGCACAGUUUUUUUUCUUGGAAUUUCAAUCAAACAAGUGAAACUUUAUUCAUAAUGGAGUGAAAAGUAAAAAAUGUAUACUUUUUUUUUCUUAAAAAAUGAAUGCAACUGGACAACAUUUUUCAAACCGUAUACAGUUUUUAACAGUAUACGGGUUAAAAUUUGUACAUUUGUUUUAAUACAGUUUAGUCUGGUUUUGAGGAAUCUGUUUUUCAUCAAAAACCUGAUACAGGAACUGUAUUGCAAAAACGUGGUGUGAAUGCAGCCUUAGAUAGUAUAAUUCUAUGCCUGUGGUCUCCAAAUGUGGCAAAACUAUGGCUGUCUGGGCAUGCUGGGAGUUGUAGUUUUGCUACAUCUAAAGGGCCACAGUUUGGAGACCACUUCUCUAUACAGACUCACUACAUGCUACUCCUCUGUCUGUGUGUCCACAUGUACAGAAAGACAGAUUUAAGAUUGAGGUUUCCUUGACAUUCUGUUACCUAAUGAAGCAAAUCUAUGAAACGUGUUAAUAUUUAACCCCUGCUUUGCUUUAAAGUUUGCCUAAUGCUAAAUGAGAGGUCUGGUUUAAAAAGAAAACACACAAAAAGAUGAGAGCAUCUUUCUCUUGGGAGGACCAGGCGUAUUUCGACAUUAUACAGGCAGCCCAUUGUUUUUCAGCAGACACUAUGUAAUUCACAGUUCUCCCUGUGGAGGCACUGUAUGUUGUGGGGAAAACUAACAAAACUUAGGUUUGAGCGCAUGAAAGUGUACUUAUUAGACUUACAACAUGCAAAAUAACUUCACUCACCAUUGUCUUGUGUUCUGUGAAGAGUCGAGACUAUUAGACUCUACUUCUUCUAUGACCUACAGCAGUGUUUCCCAGCCAGGGUGCCUUCAGCUGUUGCAAAACUACAACUUCCAGCAUGCCCGGACAGCCUUUGGCUGUCCGAGCAUGCUGGGAGUUGUAGUUUUGCAACAGCUGGAGGCACACUGAUUGGGAAACAAGGACCUACUUGUUUCCCAAACUGUUGAGCUGCAGACAAGGGAAAAUCUGAGGUUACUUCGCCCCCUGCUGGAUAAUGUAAAGUGCCACCUAAAAUCAUUUGACUGCAAACAAAGUAUACACUAUAUAGAACAAAAAUCAUUAUAAAAGUUAUCUGUUCACCAUAAACGCAAAAUUUCAAGGCAGAUGGUUAGUGUACAGUGUGAAGGACUAGGACAGGAUCAGGCCUUACAUAUUAUGCAAAUACCUUUUAAUACUUUUACACUAAUGGAAUAAUUUAUUGUCUGACACUAGGAGGACAGGAAACAUUCUUAAAGGGGCACUCUGGUGGAAAACCUUUUUUUUAUUUAUUUAUUUUUUUUAAAUCAACUGGUGCCAAAAAGUUACAGAUUUGUAAAUGACUUCGAUUAAAAAUUCUUAAUCCUUGCUGUACUUAUCAGCUGCUGUAUGUACCACAGGAAGUUCUUUUUGAAGUUCUUUUCUGUCUGACCAAAAAUAAAAGAAUUUCCUCUGUAGUAUACAGCAGUUAAGUACUGGAAGGAUUUUGAUUUUUAAAUAUAAGCAAUUUAUAAAUCUGUAACUUUCUGGCAUCAGUUGUUUAAAAAAUAUAUAAAAUAAAUUCCACCGGAGUACGCCUUUAAAGUAGAACAUGUUAGAAAUGAUUAUAAGGUUAUCAUGUGAGUGUUCUCUGGAUUUCUAAUUGACAGAGAUGACUAAAUCCUAGAUCCUCAGACACUUAAGAAUAUUUGGUACAGGAAGUCAGCUGACAGACUACUUCCUCUGACACAUUAAACACUGAUUUUCUGUAUGUCAGGCUUGUGAUCACAUGACCCAGUUACAGUAAUGAAGCGGUGCUGGAAUUAAACAGAUGGUGUUGUAGGAAUAGUGAUGGUGACUAGGCAUGAAAUGGGGCUAACAGUAAACCUGGAGUACUUUUUUGCAAAUAAAUUCAUAGAAUUGUGAACCUAUUUAAAGGGGUACUCCACCCCUAGACAUCUUAUCCCCCUAUUCUUGCUUCCGACCACGGGAACGGAAGACCGUGACGUCACGACUCUGUCCCCGUGGGACGUCACGCC